CGGAUCUCACAAUGGGAGAAGUAUUGAACCGUUACUACUACAGCAAACAAGUGCGCGAACGUGUUUGCCACCUCUAUUUCGACGAGGGUUACACGCAAGCGCAAAUAGCUGAGGCUUUCGGGCACAGACCUUGCGAGAGGACUGUGCAUGCUAUCAUACAGUCCUACGUGGCGAAUGGCGAUGUCCUGCCGCUUAGAGGACAAUCAGGAACACGCAAACCACGCAAGUUUGAUGAGAUCGCUGCACAGACGCUGGUGGAGCUGGUGCAGGCCGACGACCAAGCAUCGCUCUCCGAUCUGGCCACCGCUAUGACAAACUUACUGGGCACUCUUUGGAGCGGCCCUGAUAUUAGCCGUGCAUUGUCUGAGCUGGGGCACGAUAGAGCAGAAUGCCUUCUGGGGCUACUCGAAGCCUACUGCAAAGCGACGGGUAUGGCUGCGAAUGCCGCCAAGUGCGAGGUCCUCAUUUUUGGGGCGCUACGCGAACAGCAUGCAUACGUGCGAUCUGUAGUUGUGGCGAGGAGCCCGACUAUGGUUUCCCUAUACCGCGAGCUGUCACAGAGGCCGCUCCAGUUCCAUUGGACCAAUCUUGUACUUAGGUUUUGGAACUCUGUGGUUAAGAGGCCGGGAACGCUGUGUCACCGGGCAUUUGUCGCUGACCUGGAGUUGGCACUUGGGGGCGUCACUGAGUGUUGGGCAAGCAAGGUACUAGCCUUUCUUACUAGCUUAGGAGCGGAACCCCCCACUAAUACGCGCGGUAAUGAUCUUAUAGCGUACUACGCCACCCUUAAAUUGCCAGUUGAGAGCAUCCUUAAGGUAUUUGCCAAGCGGCUUGAUGCACGGCUUUGUGACUGUGGAGCGGUUGAAGAUGAGUUGCAUGUUUUCGAGGAAUGUCCCGCUUACAAGAGCAUACGGGCUAAGUAUGAUGGUGAUCUAGUCUUUAAGGGGCGCAGCAUGCGCACCGUUAUGACUGAGGCGCCACCCCUGGCAUUGGCCAGGUACCUCUCGAAGGAAAUUUGGCAGGCCAGGCAUGUCGCGCUGAGGCGCUUCACCCUGAAGCGGACGAGGGAGAAUGAAGAUGACCUCCCGCGUAUUCACAUCUAUCCCAAGACAACGUCCAUGGCCCCCCCCGGCUUUUAUGGACACACCCGCACUUGUGUGCGGAACUUGUAACUUGUAACUU